AGGAAGCGUCAGUUCUCCCUGUUCCGCGGGCAAACUCCAGACGGGCUGUGCACCUUGUAAUCUCUCUGAAGCUAAUAUACGAAGAGCCACAGUUCACUGCGGCCUGUUGUAUUUUCCACCAACGCGACUCUGGAAUGUAUGUGUAACUUGGGCGUGGUGCCUUUUGCAGCCCUUUCCAAUAACACGACUGGGACUACUACUUGUUGUUGUGAAUGUUACGGCAUAAAUAUUGAUGACUUUCUAGUAACACUCGGUAUCUGCCACUCAUGGAGUCCUGUGAUCAACAAUGUGUGCGACUAAUUCAUCCUUCUACCGCUCGAUUUAGGGUCUCGGAGCGUUUCCUACCAGCGCCGGGCUCUUCAUAGGCAGUCAUAUGUACUCGAAGCACAGGGUACUUGUCAUCACAGGCGCGCCUCCAUAAUAUCACAAACGCCACCUCAUCAUCUCAUGUUCCCUCUCUGUCUAAUCACCUCCUUCGAUUUAAAGCCGACCCUCGGCCCUUACCCUUCAGGCCUCUCUAGAUGAGCCUUAUCCAUUGACUGAUAUUAGUACCCUCUGCCCAAUCGCUAUUAAUCACUUUCAUCUCAGCCGCGCGUUUGUCUCGUGGGAUAUGGACAUGAUCAUCUCAACAAGACUUGCACCGCUCCGAUGGUCUGUAGAAGGAUUGCCUGGUACGAAGUGCGAAGGUCGAGGGCUUCUCGACCGCCGUACCAUGUCAUGUUACUCGAGUUCCGCAGGCCCUCUGCCCUGCGGCGCGGCAGUGCCCUGUACUAUAAUAUAAGGUCGAGACGGAACCUCGGCGAAAGGAUAGGUACCCAUCGUACUCUAUCUAUCUAACCGUCCCGCGUACGUACCUACCUUGCUAGCGGAUUGCGAUCAUGGCUGCAAAGUCUCGCGAGGAAUGCGUCUACCUGGCAAAAGUUGCCGAAUCCGCGGAUAGAUACCCGGAAAUGUUAGAGUACGUGAAGGGCAUUGUCAAGUUCUCCAACGCUCGUCUCUCCAUCGAGGAACGCAGUCUGUUGUCCGUUGCGUACAAGAACGUGACAGGCUCGCUGCGAAAUGGUUGGCGUGCAGUCGCACACAUCGAAGAAGUCGAAGGACCGAAGCAGUCUACCUCGCAGCGCGAACUUGCAUUAAUUCGGCAGCAACGUGCGCGGAUUGAACGCGAAAUUGCUGAGGCAUGUGAAGACGUUCUGAGGCUGCUCACGAACACACUCAUCCCAGCUGCACACCCCGGUGAUGAGACGGUCUUCUAUUAUAAGAUGAAAGGAGAUUAUUAUCGAUACUUGGCCGAAUUGUCUCGCGGCGACACGAGGAAGGACCAUGCAGCCGCCUCACUUGAUGCAUACAAACUUGCAUAUAAGCUCGCGUUGGGAUCACUUGAAGCCACGCAUCCCACUCGACUCGGACUUGCGCUAAAUUUUGCCGUGUACUAUCGUGAUGUCUUGAAUAGCCCAGAACGUGCAUGCCAUCUUGCCAAACACGCGUUCGAUGAAGCGGUGGCGGUUCUUGACCAAAUGCCGGAUGCGACAUACCGUGACUCCUUGCUCAUCUUGCAACUCCUGAGGGAUGAUUUGAUGCUCUGGUUUAAAGAAAUUCAGGAACGAGAUGAGCAAGAAGCGAAAGCAGCCACCCAAUGAAGACCUACUCUACGAAUGAGUUUCGAGUAUGGGAUAUGUACACUACUUUUCAUGUACGAACAGUAUGCGUCGACUGUAUUAGCAUAUGCCGAUUAUCGUGUAAACUAUGUAACUCCUUUUCCUCUAUCCUAGUAG